CCCAGCGCGGGUUGAAAGCCGGAAGCUGGCUAAGGACCGCGUACUCUGCUUCACAGUAACUAAAAGAUUCAGGGCGUUUCCGUGUGCGCCCCCAGACCUGGGCCGCGAGACCUCGCCACCGUGACGCGGCCAUGGGGGCUCUGCCCCGCUGGCCGCCCGCGGUUCUGGGACUCCCGGUGGGGCUGCUUCUCCUGUGUGUGAGCGCUCUGGCCCCGGUUCGCGCCUCCUUGCGGCUGUUGGACCACCCGGCACCGGUCUGUUCGCAGCAGGAGCUAGACUGCAGAGUCAAGAACAGUACCUGCCUGGAUGACAGCUGGAUCCACCCCCGGAACCUGACUCCCUCCUCCCCAAAACACAUUGAGAUCCAGCUGCGCCUUGCCAGAACGCAGCACGGAGACCUGGUCCCUGUGGUGCACAUUGAAUGGACACUACAGACAGAUGCCAGCAUCCUGUUCCUUGAGGGUGCAGAGCUGUCUGUCCUGCAGCUGAACACCAAUGAACGUCUGUGUGUUGAGCUGGAGUUUCUCUCCCAACUGAGCCAUCACCGCAAGCGGUGGCGUUUCACCUUCAGCCACUUUGUGGUAGAACCCAGCCAGGAGUACGAGGUGACUGUUCACCACCUGCCCAAGCCCAUCCCUGACGGGGACCCAAACCACCUGUCCAAGAAGCUCCUUGUGCCAGAUUGUGAGGACUCCAGGAUGAAGAUAACCACGCCAUGUGUGAGCUCAGGCAGCCUGUGGGACCCCAACAUCACCGUGGAAACCCUGGAGGCCCACCAGCUGCGGGUGAGCUUCACGCUGUGGAACGAAUCCUCCCAUUACCAGAUCCUGCUCAACAGUUUUCCACACAUGGAGGACCACAGCUGCUUCGAGCACAUACAGCGGAUACCUGCGCCCAAACAAGAGGAAUUCCACCAGCGAGCCAACCUCACUCUCCCGCUACACAGCUCUAACUGGUGCUGUCGCCACCGAGUACAGGUCCAGCCCUUCUUCAACAGCUGCCUUAAUGACUGCCUUAGACACACUGUGACCAUCCCCUGCCCAGACGUUCCAGAGCCUUCAGUCACAAUUGCAGGCCAGAGAGGACAGAGCCAGGGACUGGGGAAUGGCGCUGGGACCCUUGCUGUCACUCACGCUGUUCUGCUCACCACAGAGUAUAUACCCCUGUGGGUGUAUGGCUUCAUCACGGGCAUCUCUAUCCUGCUGGUGGGCUCCAUCAUCCUGAAGACCAAAUGCACAACUUGGGGGCAACAUGAUGUCCCUGCCGAUGAACUGACCCUCCCAACCCCUGAUUCCUGGGAAAGUCUGGCGCAUCCGAGGAGCUCACCACCCACGCUCCGUGACCGUGCUCCUAGAGGUCACCGUUUCUACUACUUGAGUUCUCUGUUUCUGAUCAGCCCCUGUGGUGCUGAAAUGUCCCUCAACCUCCUGGAAAAACAGGUCAUCUCAGAAGUAGGGGUCAGGACCUUGGUGGGCAACCAGAAGCAGGAAGUGGUAAACAUCUCCAAGUCAUCAUCCUGCCUGCCAUGGAGGCUGAGGGAGGAUGAGCCCACCACCCCGCCCACUGGGGACCUUUUCACCGAGGCCAUGAACAUGAUCCUGCCAGACUUCAAGAAGCCAGCCUGCUUUGGCACCUACAUCGUCUGCUACUUCACUGGCAUCAGCAGUGAGAGCGAUAUCCCCGACCUCUUCCACAUCACCUCCAGGUACCCCCUUAUGGACAAGCUAGAGGAGGUUUACUUCCGGAUCCAGGACCUGGAGAUGUUUGAACCUGGCCGGAUGCACCGGCUCCAGGAGCUCACAGGGGAAAACUACCUGCAGAGCCCCAGCGGCCGGCAGCUCAAGGAGGCCAUGGAGAAGUUCCGGGAGUGGCAGACCCAGUGCCCUGACUGGUUUGAACGUGAGAACCUUUGCUCCACGGAUGACCAGAACCUCUCAUCCCUGGACGAAGAAGUGUUUGAGGAGCCACUGCUGCCGCCGGGGAGCGGGAUAGUCAGGCAGCAGCCCCUGGUGCGGGAACCUGCCUCCGAGGGCUGCCUGAGGGUAGAUUUAUGUGUGGGCGAGGAAGGAAGGGGGAUGUCGAGGGUAGCACCCCAAUUGCAGCCCCAGGGGGAGGCCAUCCAAACCGUGGUGCUCCCCAGAGAGCAGGUCCCUGCUGCUUGUGCCGUGGAGCUGGUUCCUCUGGCUGACAACAGCGUGGCCAGCCGGCUGACCUGGGUGGAGGAGGGCGAGGCCUGCCCCCUGCUGGAGGAUCGUGGCCUCCAGAGAAAGAACCUCCUCUUCCUCCCCGGGGACCCUGAGGACUCGCCUCUCUGCAGCACUCCAGUGGCUUCACCUGGCCACCUCCCCGAUGGUAUGAGGGAGCAGCUGGGGGGGCUGAUGCUCUCACUUCUGCAGCAGAGUCUGAAGAGCCAGGCCCAGGGUGCAUGGGAAGACCCUGCCCUGGUGCUCAAGGACCCCUCCAUACCCUGUGAGGAGGAGCAGCGGCAGUCUGUGCAGUCGGACCAGGGCUACAUCUCCAGGAGCUCCCCACAGCCCCCUGAUGGGCUUGGGGAAAUGGAGGAGGAAGAGGAAGAACAGGACCUAGGGAAGUCAGCUGAGCAGCUGUCUCCUGAGCUUCUGCAGGACCUGAGGAGCCUCCAGCAGCAGCUUUUCUUCCAAGAUCUCCAAAAGAACUCUGGCUGGGACAGUGUGGAGUCAGAGAGGCCGGCUACAGAAUAGCAGGCCGCUUCCUAGAGCCUCCCUGGUCCAGACCCUCCAUAGGGUAUUCAUGUGCAUGUGGGUGUACAUAUGUAUGUGUGUGUGUGUGUGUGUGAAGCAUCUGCUUUUAAAAUGUAGAUGUCUUAUCAGGCAUGGUGGCAUGUCCCUAUGGUCCUAGUUACUUGGGAGGCUGAGAUGGGAGGAUUAGUUGAGCCUAGAAAUUCAGGACCAACCUGUGUGACAGCAAGAUCCUGUCUCAAAAAUAAAUUAAGGAAAAUAAAACGUACACAUCCUGAUUCUGAUCCCAGUACCCCUCCUUAACUUUUCUUUAUGUGACCAUCUUGUAUCCCCACAAGAAGUCACAACCCAUUCCCAGGAAUUCAUGGAUGAGUCAUUCAUUGAUUCAUUCAGCAUUUAUUUGGCACCUACUGUGUGCCAGGCAUUUGGGAUAAAA